AUGACGAGACACGUUUGGAGAGCAGCAGAUGCCGGCGUGAUGCUGUGGGAACCGGCGGUGGCAGCGACACCUCCAGCCCCGCACCAGUCGCAGAUGCCGCAGCAAUUGCAUGAAGUAACCGAAGUUGACAUUCAAGCCUCCUUAACAAGCAGCUACGACGACACCGAGCAAGACUCGGUGCUUCCUUCGACCGAAGAUGUCUUUGGAUCAUAUAUCAAGAGCGAGCCUGGCAAAGACAUUGAUGCAGUUGUGUCGUCAACGGUCGGUACCUCCGCUUCGAAUAUAUCCAAACAGCGUUGUUCUUCGUACGAUUCUCAAGCUACACUACCAUUAUCGACGCCUUGCCCGUCGGACGAAGAAAGAGAUCUUCCUGUUAUACUUUGCAGUCCUGCGAGGACGAGCCACCACUUCAACGUUGGCAAUACCGUACCCACGCCACAAGUCCGAAGGACUCUGGACUUCGGUAUGCCAGCCUUUCGCCACACCAAUGACAUUGUACAACAAGUCUCUGAGCCUAGCGACUUCACUUCGCUGGCAGCACUGCGAAGGCUGGAACGAGAUCCUCCCCACCACUGGCAUGAAGACGAACGAGAACUAUUAACCAUCCUUUAUCGAUGGUACGAAGACACAGAUGUGGCAACCAUUCCGAAGGUCUUCAAUGCUAUCACCGGCCUCAACCUCAGGCUCAAUGUCAUUCGAUACCAAUUCGAGAGCCAUCUAAUCUUGUAUGGUGGCCGCGCAUACCCCGAGUUCGAUCGAGUGAUGAAAGUCCCGUUCCCCGACCCCGAUCAUAAGUACGACGAGAUCCACACGAUCAUCGAAGAGACUGCAUAUGAUUCAGGAAUUGACUUGUCACGACGCACACACGAGGUGAGAAUCGAGUCUGGCUUGGCGAGAACUGCAAAGUCUCCCAAGACGAGGAAGCAUUAUAAAUCCUUGGUUAGACGUGCGCUAAAGAAGGAAAAGGAGAGAGCACGCGCGCUUCGCACGCCAGCUCCGGAAGCACUACCAUUGCAGGUCCUACAGCUCGGCGGGAUGACAUUAGCUGAGCAAGACAACGAGGAAACAUGGUCAGACGUUGAUGGCCAUCACACACCUCCCAUCACACCCACUCAGUCACGCCCACGGGCUCCUCCUGGCAGAAACAAUGUUGCGUUUCGCGUUUGGGAUGCAAACAGCCGGACCACAUUUGACGACGAGACAGGCUUCGUGAGCGAAUUCUUCUCAACAUGGAGAGGCGACUUUCUGCCGCCAUUCUCCCCAGACGGGCAAGGACAACAGGCUAUUAUGAUGCUGACGAACAUCCAUCUUUCCAUGAGUGGCGGCGCAUCAGCUUUUGUCUCAGUAUCUACGAGUCUCUUGCAGGCACUGGUCAAGGCCUCAACAAUGGUUGAACCCAGGAUUGCCGUCAAACGAAUGGUUUGGGCUUCCGUCCCAGCUGCAGCCGUUCUCUCACACUUUCCACUUUCCGAUCUCACUGUGUUAUCACGCCACAACCAAGCUUGCGAUGAUAUCCUCAACCUGCGGGAUAUACAAUCCGGCCGAAAGACACAGUACGUCUCCUCACUCUUGCGCGACAGGAACACAAUCAUCAACAUCCGCACGGCACGAGCAAUGGCCGUGGUCUGUCGAGCUUUCAAGAUGCACCGUGUCGGCGUCAGCCUUGCGCAUAUACAAGGACUGGUCUCGUCGUUGGUGGAUUCAUUUCAAUUGAAGCACGUCACAAGCGAUACACCUCGCAUGUCUAUGAUGAUGGCCAAAGCAUUCGCCGUGUCUCUCGUGUCGCAAGCUCAUCUGGACCCUGAUGUUGAGACCGCUUUUCAGGAGGGCAUUCAGCAAGGCACCGUCAGUAAUAUCCGUGUAUAG